AUGAAUGUAUUCAAAAAGCCAAACAUACGUCUCAACAACAAAAGCACCACUACAAACGGCGAUAAUCUGCACAAAUCAAAGAGACUGCGCGAUGAUGGCGAUUUGCCUACAUUGCUCACAAUCACUCCACAACAACAACGUGACAAAUUUGAUGAAUUGAAUGAAGUUGAAGCAAAUAGGAUUGUUGAAGGCUUAAACAACCCCACGGAGUCAAUCUGGUCACUCACGGCUGCAAUAUCGAGAAGAAACAAGGAUCGGAACCGGUACAGCAAUGUUAUGCCAUGGAACGAAACUAGGGUCAAACUACCCGUCAAGAAUGAGGCCACCUAUUCAGACUAUAUAAAUGCAUCAUACAUCAAGCUUCAAAUCAAAGGCGAGACUUUAAUCAAUCGAUACAUUGCAUGCCAAGGUCCAUUAGAAACGACAAGAAAUCAUUUCUGGUCAAUGUGUUUUAAUGAGCUGGAGAAACAGGGGAACGAUGUUGUUAUUAUCGCAAUGGUUACACCGUUGAUUGAACAAGGCAUGACCAAAUGUGAUAAAUAUUGGCCGGAACUAGGCGAUUCAUGGUCAUUCAAUCGGAACAAUCUCGAGGAUGGUAUUGCAUUGGAGGACUUGACCGUGAAAAACGUCAAUGAAACAUAUGACCCCAACGAGGAUUACUUGUUGACUGAGUUUGAACUAAAAUCAGGCAUCAAGACUAAAAAAGUGUAUCAUUUCUAUUACUAUAGAUGGGCCGAUGCCAAAGUUCCCCCCUCCACUGCACCUUUAGCUAAUCUAUCGCGACACAUUGAUGAAAUCAAACAAGCUACCACUGAGUCACUUGAAAAUCAACCAGUUCCCAUAAUUCACUGCUCAGCGGGCGUUGGACGUUCAGGCACGUUCAUGGUGUAUGAUCAUUUGUUUCGUCAUAGAGACAAGUUUCGUGCUAUUCUAGAUACAAAUCGUGCAAAGGAUUUGGUUUACAAGGCCGUGUUUCAGUUGAGGACUCAAAGAAUGAUGAUGGUACAGACUGUUUACCAGUACCAGUUUUUGUAUGAUGUGGCGAAGGAAGCAUAUUACGAAUAA